CUGGAUCAGUCAGCUGACGCACACCGCAGACUCAUCCCACACGUGUGAUGCGCUAUUAGAGUCGUCUUUUUCCGCCUGCUUUUUUUAUAUUCAGAGAAUUUUGUUUACUGCUGGAUCACAGAAAUCUCCAAUUUAAAAAAGAAGAAGGAGGGGAAAAAAAAGAGUCUUCAUCACUUGUUGAGCUGUGUUUUCCGCUCUGGAGAUGUGGUGGAUGCUGUUUCCACGCUGGAUCUGGUUCCUGGCGUGUGUGUCGGUGUGGAUGGAGCACCAGGUCGUGGUUUUGCCCCAGAUCACCUACUCACACCCGGGGAUCUGCCCCAAUGACAUGAACCCCAACCUGUGGGUGGAUGCCAUGAGCACCUGUACACGAGAGUGUCUAUCUGAUCAGGAGUGCGAGUCCUUUGAGAAGUGUUGCCAGAAUGUGUGCGGGAAUCGGAGCUGUGUGGCGGCUCGUUACCUGGACGGAAAGAAAGGCCCCAUGGGAAUGCCCAAGGAAGCCACCUGCACCAGCUUCAUGUGCACCCAGCAGGGCUCCGAGUGUGACAUCUGGGAUGGCCAGCCGGUGUGCAAGUGCCGCGACCGCUGCGAGAGGGAGCCGCACUUCACCUGCGCGUCCGACGGCAUGACCUACUACAACAAGUGCUACAUGGACGCGGAGGCGUGCUCCAAGGGCACCACCCUGGCCGUGGUCACCUGCCGCUUCCACCUCACCUGGCCCAACACCAGCCCCUCGCUGCCCCAAGCGACCACUCUUCGUCCCACUACCGCUCCUCUCCAGGCGACCAUCCCGCCUCCCACCGAGCCCCAGACGCCCGUCGUGGUCAGCAGCCCCGCUCACCAGAUCGUAAACGUGGGCGACACGGCCAGCUUCCUGUGCGACGUAACGGGUCGCCCCCGGCCCGAGAUCACCUGGGAGAAGCAGCUGCCGGAGGGAGUGGAGAGGGUCGCCAUGAGGCCUAAUCACGUGCAAGGGAAUAUGGUGGUCACCAACAUCGGUCAGCUGGUCAUCUACAACGCCCAGCCGCACGACUCGGGCGUCUACACCUGCAAGGCAAAUAACCCGUCUGGCUCGGUGCAGGCCGACCACCCACUCACCGUGCUGCCCUCGGAUCCACCCAAGACCCCCGAGCCCAAGAACGUGAUCCGCUGCCUGUCUGAGGAGUGUGUAAAACCCCCUGACAACCCAGAGGAUUGUGGGAGCGAGAUGGAGAGAGUCAGCUGGUACUACGAGCCUAAGACCAACAACUGCUUCUCCUUCACCCACUGCCACAUCAGCAGCCAGCAGCCCAGCAAGGUGUUCGAGACGUACGAGGAGUGCAUGCAGUGCUGCGGUCCCGAGCUUUCUGGCCCCUGCGGGCUCCCCAGCCUACAGGGCCCCUGUAAGGCCUACGAGCCGCGCUGGGCAUACAGCGGCGCCCUGCGGCAGUGUCAGUCCUUCAUCUACGGAGGGUGUGAGGGCAACGACAACAACUUUGAAUCUAAAGAAGCCUGCGAGGAGAUGUGCCCCUACCCGAAAAACCACCACUGCAAGGCCUGCAAGCCCAGAGGCAAGAUGGUGACGAGCUUCUGCCGGAGCGACUUCGUCGUCCUGGGCCGCAUGUCGGACCUGACGGAGGAGAAGGACUCGGGCCACGCCCUCGUGACUGUGGAGGAAAUCCUAAAGGACGAGAAGAUGGGUCUCCGCUUCUUUGGCAAGGAGCCUCUCGAGGUCACCUUCCUCAACAUGGACUGGAAUUGCCCGUGCCCGAACAUCACGGGCGCCGCCGCCGAGGGACAGGUCAUCAUCAUGGGCAAUGUGAACGAAGGCAUGGCCGUACUUCAGCCAGAGAGCUACGUGGGCACUUCCAGCCCUCGCCGUGUACGGAAGCUGAGAGAGGUCAUCUCAAAGAACACGUGUGACAUUCUCAAAGCAAUCACCAACAGCCCUCAGUAGGGUUAGGGAUUAGGGAUAGAAUGAGUACAUGAAGUUUAGACUCGACUGCAACAGGUUGUUCUCUACUGAACAUUAACUGCAGUGAUGUUUUGAAUGCUACAUUUAAUGGAUUUCUUUCUGUUUUUGAAAGUUUUCAAAGAGUUUCCCGAUGAGGAGCCCUGUCACAUGACAUGUUGUAUGUCUUUUCAUGUGGUCUAUUCGCAGCAGGGCUUUUCUGUUACAUCGGUGUUGUUGAUUGAAAUACCAUGAACACAAGAGACAUCCAUCAUGAUCCUCUUGUUGCCGUAAUCCCCCAGACUCCGACUUCCCUCAUGCCCUCUCUUGCCUCCAGCAGAAAUGGAGGUUGCAGACUUUGCAUUGAAGCACAAAACAGACACGAUUGAGUUUGAUUUUUUUAAAGUGGCAGUAGGCAGAAUGUUUUUGGCAUCAUUGGGCAAAAAGUUCCAUAAUAACCU